AUGGGCGAUCAUUCCAAUACAUUGGGCACGUCGCAUUCGCCACCUCCCUGGCCUCCAGGCAGCCAUCAUCACCAGAUUCCUCGGGAGGUCGUCCUCAACUCGCCGAGAACCUCGUUCUCAUGUCCUUCGCCCUAUUCCUCUUUAUGUCUUUCUGUAUUAGCUGCGGCUCCUUCUGCCAGAAUGGUAAGCUGAUCGUCGAAAAGUCUUGUUGUACUUUUAUUCGUGGCUUAAUUGCUUUGUCAAUUUUUUCGUUUCGCUUGAAACAUAAGAAGAUCGUUUUCACUGUUAGAGUUUUAAUUGAUUUUUUUUUUACCGGAAAAGGGGUAAGGAAAGAAAAAAAAUGAAGGGGCAGAAGGCUGUGGAGUUCCUAAGUUCCUGAAUAUUCUCACUAUUAUAACUUGAAUUCCUUCAAGCCUGAUGCCUAAAAAUGGCCUAGCUCUUUUUAAACAUGAAGUAAUAAAAUUUGGAAUUUUAUCACAGCCUUUGAUCAACUUCGUUUCAUUCAAUUCAAACAUUUUUUUAAUUAAUUUUUUUCGAGCUGAAAAGUCUUUGGAUUACAUUGAAGGUUGAAAAAUACAGAAUAACUCUUUUUUCCGUUUCUUGAGAAUCAUAAACCACUUCUUCCACAAAAUCAAGUUGGCCUCGUCAUUUUUUUUCUAUCAAUGAAAUCUUCAAACUUGUCAGAACAGCUGGGAAAAGAACAAGAAUCUUCUCGUGUCCUUUUUUGCGGCAAGAAUUUACUCUUUUCAUCUUUUUUUGGUUUUCGAAUAAAUUAUAGUAAAUUUUAUCUAAAAAUCGUAAACAGGGGAAUCUUUGAAAGUUAACGCAAAAUUCUUGUGUUUUCUGCUGUCUACUUUAUGAGCAUCAAGUUUCAAACAGCUGGCUUCACACCUUUUCUCAAAACGAGGAUAUAUGAUGAAGAUAGAACGCUGUACGGAAAACACAUUGCACUGAUUCGAUCAGAUUGUUCUUUCUGAAAAAUUUGUCUUACCUAAAUCAUCCGCUUGCAAGCUUGAAUUUUUCUGGCUUCUUUUCUACUUUUUUUAUUUUCAUUCUCGUCACUUUUGCUUUUUAUCCAGUGCUUUGCUUUGCUUGACGUGAACCAUGCUUCAUCUACAAUUCUGAAUCCAUCAGAUCAAUGCAAGACUUGCGAUGACAGUUGA